UGUCGGGAGCAGCAAUACCGCAGUUGAGGCUUGGCGCUGGAAUGAUGGCGUCACAGCAACAGUUGGACGACUCGGUUGCAGCACAUGCACAGAGGAGAAAAAGGCGGAUCGUCGAAGCUGACCGUAUACCCGGUGCCCGACAAGCCGGUGUCUCUAGACGUAGUCCACUGGCGACGCAUCCGUAGAAAGGAGACGAGGUGCUCCUACGGAAGGCCUCAGCCGAGAACGAAUGUCCAGCGGUGCUACGGUCCAGAAUUGACGGAGCACUUGACCAGGAGCUACGUGUUGCGGGGCUACCACCUGAGGGUACUCGUUGCCCACAAUGCCGAAGUAUGUCUGCGGGCCGGCCUCGAAGCUAUGGCCCACACUUGGCGAAUGCUCGGCAUCCUUCUCUCCGGCGUGCCGGGCGGGCUGCUGCUUCCGCUCGGCUCGUCGGCGCCCGACAUAGACGUCGCCGGGAUCGACAAUGGGAUGGCGGCGGCGGUGGCGACAGCUACCGCUGCCGCGGGAGGGGGGAGCGGAGGGGGCGGGGCGACUGGGGUGGGAGGCAGGAGGAAAGUGGACCCCGCCACCGCAGGCAGGGAAAGAAAUUUCAGCGUGCCAGAGGUGCUCGACCUCAUCGACCAGCACGAGGAGGAAGAAGAAGAGGACAAGGCAGGGAAGCCGAGCCUGGAGCGUCAGCUCACGCCGGAGCAGCGGCAGCGGCAGCUCAAUCUCGCGCCGCCACCUUCGCGGCAGCCUGGCAGGGUCCCCAAAACAGCCCGCGGGUUAGUGGCGGCCGGAGGCGGCAGCGGUGACCUGAAACUCCCGCCCAGGCGUCCCGCCGCCGCCGCCGCCCACCCGACCGCGGCGAUUGCUAGCACGACCAGCCCCGCCGCGGCGGCGACGACUUCCUCCGAAUCGGUCAGCAGCAGCAGCCGUCACGGGACCCGGAGCCAAAACAGCGCCACCUUCGGCGGCGGCGGCGGCGGCGGCGGCGGCGGCGGCGGACCUCCCAUGUGGCAAACUCUCCCGUCCCGCGGUCCCCCGCCGCCUGCGUCGGCGGGGGCGGCGGCGGCGUACACGGCGACCACGGCGGACGAUGAGGAAGACGACGGUGGUGGCGGGGACGGCGGCGACUCCGACGGGGGCACGACCGCCACGACAAGCUUCGCCGCCACGGAGUCGGUCUGGUGGGAGCACGACGACAGAGCAAGCCGCGGCGGUUGGGGGCGGGGUUCAUCCCAGGCGGCCGCCGCCGCCGCCCGCGCGGCGAGAGCCCGCGCAGGCGAAGCGGCGACGCGGAAUGGCGGCGGCGGUGGAGGGGGCGGGAAUGUCAGGGGUGGGAGGCCCGACCGACAGGAGCGGUUGCGCGACGAGGUGGCGCUGGGGUGGCUUUGGAAGUCAGAGGUUCGGGACUGGCUGUCGGCGAUGUCCGAGGCCGGCUUCGCGUACGACACACUGGCCGUCCUGGAGGUGGUAAGGAGCUGGUACUAUGGCACCGGACCGGGUAGAGACGAGGAAGUGGAAGAGGAAAAGACCAGCCUUGAGGAGAUGUGCGAUAUUAAGGAUGCCGCAGGGUUUUGGCUAGCCACCGACAUCCCGAAUCUCCAGGUUCGCAUGUGGUACAUGCAAGGGCUCGAGAAGCUGUGGCAGCUGCAGCUGUACGCGGCGGCGACGGACAUCAUCAACCACUGCGGCGACCCUUACAUCGCGGAGAUGCACCUGCAGAACACCACGGUGUACCCUUUCUGCUCCGGUUGUGGGACCUCUCGCUCCACCGGCACUUCCACCUGGUGCAGCAAGUGCGAACGGCAAGCGUCGUUGUGCGCCUUGUGCGACCUUCCAGUGGUGGGGCUCUACGUCGAGUGCCCCGGGUGCCACCACGGGGGACACGCGGAACACUUGAUGAACUGGUUCGAAGUUUCGAGUGAAUGCCCGGUAGAGACGUGCUCCCACGUGUGCAAACCUCGUCUCACCGGGAUCCUCAAGCCCGAAGCCCGCGAUUGGGACGGCUGCCUAGCUCCGACAGUGGCAAGACUUCCACAGUAGCUUGCGCUUUAGCGAUCGAUAGGUUAGCUCGAAGAAAUCUCGCCUUUCUGCGCGGUGCUUCACUAUGUUCGUUUUUCUGCGCACGUUGUUCCUGCCUCCCUGGGGCUGGCUGCAGCUGACCCGGAAGGACAUUCACGCUGAGUCCCCGUGGGACAUGUACAAUGAUUGAGCAUUUCUUGAAUCGAAACGCCUUGUUUCAGCUUUUCGAUUUUUCCGGGCAGUCCCGAGUCACCCUUGAAAGUAGACCGUAAACCGCCCAAGCUAAAUAGCAAAUGCAAUCAAUAUGAAACAGACCCGAGAUUGUAAAAUCCCGAACACUCUUUAGCAGCUCCCUUUGAGACUUCGAGCGUCGGGAGUUGGAACACAUACGGGGUGUCUUAUAUCG